AUGCGGAAUUUAUCUAUUCUUUCAUAUAACCAGUUUACUCUCCCACAGGGGAACAGGGCUGCUUAUGGGGUGGCACUGGACAUAGACACUAACUUGACAUAUGUCGCUACUCAGAGAAAUCUCGCUGGUGGAGGGACUGAUAUAGAAAUUUGGCAACUGCCGACGGAUGAUGAGAGCAUUCCAUUGGCUACCAUAACGCCAGACUCUGUGCCCAAAUUCGAAGCACCUCAUCAAGUAGUCUCUUUCACGUUUCUCGCAGAAUCACGGCAAUUAGUCGUAAUCCUCGCCGGUGGUGACAUUGCUGUAUUAGCACUGGAUGACGCUUCUGAAGCCUCAGAGUUUGAUAUAAUUGGAUCAGUUGAACCCGGGAUCAAGGCAGCAUCAUGGAGUCCCGACGAGUCUCAGCUUGUUCUAGUCAAUGGCAACGACGAGUUACUUGUCAUGUCCAAGGAUUUCGAUGUCCAAUUCGAGGGUCCACUCCGGCCUUCCGAUUUAGGCCAAGAGAAACACACCACGCUAGGUUGGGGCUCAAAACAGACCCAGUUCCAUGGCUCACUGGGAAAGGCUGCUGCUGUAACCGAACCUUCCAUUACCGGUCAAGGCGGAACUGACAAGCCAAGUCCGGACGACGAUAACAGUCCGCGUAUAUCAUGGCGUGGCGACGGCGCUUUCUUUGUUGUUUCAUCUCUGGAUCCUCGUGGUGCCCAUUCUUCUGUGCGCCGGCUCCGAUUUUACUCUUCCAGUCCCACUGUUCACUUAUCCACGUCCGAAUACACCCCUGGAUUAGAAGGUGUCCUUGCGUGGCGCCCUUCUGGGGGCCUUAUCGCUAGUACUCAGAGAUUCGGUUAUGAGGGAGGAGGCGUUGGGCGUCAAGGCCGACAUGACGUUGUAUUUUUCGAACGAUGUGGGCUACGCCGGGGCGAAUUCGGUAUUCGCGGCUGCGUUGCAACGGACAACGCCGAAGCCAAUAAAUCGGCUGGCCUGUGGAGCUACAAGGUGAAAGAGUUACUAUGGAAUGCUGAUUCUUCGAUCCUUGCCUUGUGGGUUGAGCAUGCGAAUGGAGAUUCUGUGCAGUUGUGGACAACGGGGAACUACCAUUGGUAUCUGAAGCAAGAGAUUAUACCACAUGGUACUUCUUCGCGAUAUACAUCCGUUAUGUGGCACCCAGAGGAUGCUCUGCGACUCAUCUGUACCACAAGUCUCUCCGUUGAAGAUCGCGCCAUUUUAUGGGAAACCUGUGCAUCCAGCUCAGUAUCGGCGGACUCUUCCGGCUGUGUGGCGGUAGUAGACGGCAGUUCUAUUCUCAUUACCCCUUUCAAGUUACAGAACGUUCCACCACCCAUGUCUUCUUUCAAGAUUGAUAUCAACUCGAUCGCCACUCCUUCUCACCUUGCCUUUUCAGCUGAUUCUCGCUCCCUUGCUAUGGUUCGAGCUGAUAAUUCCGCUCAAAUAUGGGAUCUAGCCAUUCGAACAGGUACAAAAGGGAAAAUAGCCCAACCCAAACUAACCUGGGAAGGCGUAUUGAUCAAUGGAGACAGCCGAACCAACGAUCUCGUCUGUCCGCGUCAAAUUACACUAUCGGAAAGCUCCGUCAUAGUGCUGGGAUCCAGUAGAGACGGAUUCCAUGACAUCGUGAAUAUCACAUCCAUCGGAGACUCCGAGUCAGCGACCCUCCAAGUCCCUCGUUUUGGUCGUCUGAUUGGAGAUUCAUAUUACCAAGACGGCGCUGGGCAGAUUUACAAUAUCAAGAACCGAGAGUUAGUCAAGUUGGGUGGAUUCCCCCGAUUCUGUGCUUACGGAGAAACCAUUGCAACGCUUCAUGGGGUACUAUUGGUCGGUCUAGACUCCUCUGGCAAGUUGGUUACAUGCGCCUUGGACCCAAUCACCGGACCUCAAGUUAAUGAAAUCUCGCAUUCCGUAAACUCAUUUGCACUCGCAAGUGGAUUCCUAAUGUUUACAACUACUGCACACGAGAUCAAGUUUGUUCCGACCGAUUCGCUAUUCUCUGGGUUGGGAGAGCCCGAGAGGUCACUAUGGGAGGUACGCCGAGUAGAGCGUGGCUCACGCAUUGUGGUUCCAGUCCCACCGACAGCUAGUGUGGUCCUUCAACUUCCUCGAGGGAAUUUGGAAACGAUAAACCCACGACCUUUGGUAUUAGCAAGUGUCCGGGCUGAUGUAGAAAGGGGAGAUUUUAGAAGGGCUUUCCUUACUUGUAGAAAACACAGGAUUGACCUACACGUUCUGGUGGACUAUGCUCCAACCGUAUUUACAAGCGAUCCCGCCCAGUUCGUCGACCAAGUUCCAGAGGUUGACUACCUUAAUCUAUUCCUAACUGGGCUUGGGCAGUCGAAGCGACAUCCCCAAGAGAUUACCAGCAUAUGCGACAAGCUUCGUGCUGAAUUUGAACAGAGAGGGCUCGCACGAUACAUACAGUCCAUUCUUACUGCCCACGUAGUGAAGACUCCCCCAGAUGUUGAAAGUGCUCUAAAGGUGUUACAUACUCUUCGAGAAUCGGAGCCAAGCACAGUUGAAGACGCAGUCAAGUACAUUAUAUUCUUGGUGGAUAGCGAUCAGUUAUUUAAUACUGCAUUGGGAAUGUACGAUUUUUCUCUUGUAUUGAUGAUUGCCCAGCAAUCACAAAAGGACCCUCGAGAAUAUCUACCUUUCCUACGAGAGCUUCGAUCGUUCGAAAUGUUCUAUCAGAGAUUCCGCAUCAAUGAUUACCUUGGGAGGCGCGAACUUGCAUUGGCUAACUUAAAGCUAGCCGGUUCACCAAGAUUCGAAGAAGCAAAAAAAUAUAUCGAAAAGCACCAGCUAUACUCCAAGUCAAUCGAACUUUGGAAAGACGAGGUGGCUGAAUAUGCGAUAAUAUUGGUUCUUUAUGGGGAAUGGCUAAUGGAGCGAAGAGAAUUUAGUAAGGCGGGCCAAGCGUUUUCGUUGGCAAAGGAUUCCAAACGAGCCAUGUUCGCGUACGAGAAAGCCCGCAUGUGGAAAGAGCUCUUUUCACUGGCGCUAGAUACUGGGGUAGGAGGCCAAGAUUUGAUUGAUAUGGGCCAUCGAGUAGCAGAGAGUUUGGUCUCACACUCCCGAUAUUCUGAAGCUGCUAGAGUGUACCUGGAUUAUAGCCAAGAUGUUCCCAGCGCUGUAUCAGCACUUACCCGCGGAAACGAUCUCUCCGAAGCAUUCAGGGUGAUAUCAAUAAAUAAAGCGCAGCAUCUAGCGGAAGAAAUAAUUAGCCCUGAGGCAUUAGAUUUGUGUACCCAACUCCGCGAAGAUGUUCAAGAGAUGGCUGAGCAGCUAACUCGCCAAGGUCAGCGUUUGGUCGAACUAAAAGAGAAGAAAGCACUUGAUCCAGAUAGUUAUUACGGACGAGAGGAGCCUAAUCUACACAAUGUGGACGCUCUGACUGAUGCGUCCGGUAUUUCUCAAUUUACCAAGUAUACCAAGGCAUUAACCAGUACCACUACCAAGCGGUCGCAAAAGUCCUCAAAGAAAGCGGCAAGGAAGGCUGGUCGGAAAGGCACAGCUAAUGAAGAAGAAUAUAUUCUCGCCUCGUUGGUCAAGUUAAAUCAAAGGCUUGAGCACAUAGAAAAGGAGGCAUCUCAGCUGAUUCCAAAUAUGACAAAAAUUUCGGAUGAGCAUCGAACUUUGGGGAGGAAGCUUCGUGAAGAUAUCACACGAUUUGAAGAACAGCUGAGCACUAUAAUUGAGCGAGAGUGGCCCAGUGAUCUGGAAGGGAUGGGAACCGUGGAGUCGGCAUCAACAACCAUCCCGGCUUUCAAACCCCCUAAACCAGCCACACCAAAAGAACUAUGGAAAACUAUUUUGACUGAAGUCUGA